AUGGAAGAGAAUAUUCUAAACGAGUUGGUAAAAACUUGUGAUAAAUUUAUUUUGUUCUUGUUUUCUCACUCAUUUCGUUGUUCAUUAUGCAUGUAUAAUAACAACAAGAGAGGACAAGAGAAGAUAUGUCAACAAGAGAAGAUAUGUCAUCUACCAUAUUCUACAAUAUCAGAACCGGCACUAGCACUGCACUGCUUGCUUUUCUAUUCAUCAUCCAAAAGGUCAAACAAGGUCAGCGAUGCACUUCCUCAAGAUGAAUCUACGGAUAUAUCCGUUGAAUUCCGAUUAACCUACCUCAAAGUUAUGCAUGCUAUUCUUAUUGGGAAAAUUGAAACGGUGCAGUUGAAAAGUGCUGAUAAACUAAAAUCUUGA